UCUCUGUGUGAAAGAAAAAUGAAAAUGAGAAAAGGUGGCAACACAAGAGAUGGAUAUCGCUGGGUGUGUCGAAGACAUAAUAGAUUCAUGUCCAAAUCCAUAAGAGAUGGGUCUAUUUUCUCAGGCUCUCGCUCCUCCUUGACUUCUUGGAUGAUGUUCAUGCAUAGGUUUGCACAAGGGCUAAGACUGAGGCAAGUGGACUUAAUUGAAGAGGGAGUCUGUGGAAGCAGCCGCACUUUGUCCAAGAUGUCCAAGACACUAAGGAGGGUGUGUGUGCAAGCAGUUAAGCACCUGAAGAGGAGGGGGAAAAUGAGAAUAGGUGGAAGACAUGGUUUUGUUGUCAUUGAUGAGAGCAAGUUUUGUCACAAGAGAAAGUAUGCACGCGGGCGAUUUGGUGCUACUUGGCGCAGGAGUGGCUGGGUUUUUGGAUUGUUGGAAGUCAAUCAACGGAGAAGGAGGCCUGUGUUGAAAUUUGUUCGCAGACGAAAUUCUGAAAGACUACUUCCUAUUAUACAGCGAUAUGUUAGACCUGCAAGUACAAUUUUGAGUGACUCUUGGCGUUCCUACUGCAGACUGAGGCAACAUGGGUAUAUACACUACCAAGUCAAUCACCAGAGGUUUUUUGUUCACCCUGCUACAGGAGCACAUACCCAGCAUAUAGAAAGGUCCUGGAGAACCUUUAAGCAAGAGGUGUACCGUUUCAGAGGCAACAUGACUGAGAAGUCACUGAGAGAGAUCCUACAUUUUAUUGAGUGGAACUACUGGCUGGGUAGACAACACAGAAAUGGACCCCUUGGUCGCCUUUUCAAGGAUAUAAGAGCCAUACAUCCAGUACAAUAACAUCACCCCUGUGGCUGGAGCCUUUUUGCAUGGAGUUUGUAUGUUAUCUCCAGAUCUGUGUGGGCUCUCUCUGGCUACUCUGGC